GCAGCGGCAAACUAACUGCGCAGCAGCAGCAAAGUCAAGUCUAGAGUUUCAUCCCCGAUCGCGGCCAUCAUGGAGAUCAGCCUACUGACGCUGGGGCUGGUGGUAGGCGCCCUGGUGAUGGCGUACCGGUUUUUCACCAAAAACUACUUCUAUUUCGCGGACAAACCCAUACCAUUCCUGAAGCCCUCGUUCCCGUUCGGUAACCAGGGUGCGGUGAUGAUGAAGAAGGCCUCCCUGUUCCAGCACUUCCGGGCGCUGUACGAAGCGUUUCCAGACGCCAGAAUCUUCGGCAUGUUCAACGUCCGCCAGCCGGUGUACUUCGUGCGGGAUCCGGAAAUGAUCAAGCAAAUAACGGUGAAGGAUUUCGACCAUUUUGUCGACCACAUGGCCACCGGUCUGGACGAUAACACUAACGAGGAGAUGUUGCUGGCGCACUCGCUCGUCUCACUGCGUGGCCAGAAGUGGCGAGAUAUGCGGGCCACCCUCAGCCCGGCGUUCACCGGCAGCAAGAUGCGCAUCAUGUUUGGCCUGAUCGCCGAGUGUGCCCAUUCAAUGAUGGCCCACUUCCGCGAGGAGGAAACCAAGGCACGAGCCAACGGCCACGGUGGGAUGCAGCUGGAGAUGAAGGACGUGAUGAGCCGGUUCGCGAAUGACGUCAUCGGGACGGCCGCGUUCGGCAUCAAGGUGGACUCGUUCCGUGAUCCGCAGAACGAGUUCAUCAGCAUGGGCCGCUCGAUCGCGAACCAGAAAAAUGUGUGGAAGGCGCUGAAGCUACUCGGCAUUUCUGUCUGCCCGAAGCUGAUGGCGCGGCUGAAGAUCGACUUCCUGUCGAAGGAGGAAGAUCGGUUCUUCCGCGGGACCAUCACGGAGACGAUGCGCGUACGCGACGAACAGCAGAUCUUCCGGCCGGACAUGAUCGAGCUGCUGAUGCAGGCGAAAAAGGGCAGCCUCAAGCACCAGCAAGCGGACGAGCCGCAGGUGGCGGCGGAAGGGUUUGCGACGGUCGAGGAGUCGCAGAUUGGCCGCCGGACGCACGAUCGCCGCUGGACCGACAGCGAGCUAGUGGCGCAGGCCUUUCUUUUCUUCGUAGCCGGCUACGAAACCAUCUCCUGGACCAUGUCGUUCGCUCUGUACGAGCUGGCGAUCGCCGAGGACAUCCAGCAGAAGCUAUUUGUCGAGCUGCGCGAAGCGGAAUCAUCGCUGGGCGACGAAGGUGAGGACAUUUCCUACGAAAAACUACAAUCCCUGCGGUACCUGGACAUGGUUGUGUCGGAGACGCUGCGCAAGUGGCCCAUCGGUGUGAUGGUGAACCGGGAGUGUGUGCGAGACUACAAGUACGAGGAUGGCGAUGGGACCAAAUUCACCAUCGAAAAGGGUAUGGUGCUGCUCAUCUCCAUCAUCGGUAUGCACUUCGAUCCGAAGUACUACACCGAUCCGGAGCGAUUCGAUCCGGAGCGGUUCAGCGAGGAGAACCGCAAAAACAUCCAGCCCGGCACCUACAUACCUUUCGGUAUUGGACCCCGGAACUGCAUCGGAUCCCGAUUCGCGCUGAUGGAAGUCAAGGCCGUCCUGUACUAUCUGCUGAAGCAGUUCCGGGUGGUUCCGUGUGCCAGGACGCAGAUUCCUUUGCAGUUCAAAAAGUCGGCCACACAGUUUGCCACCGAGCAUGGCGUAUGGCUUGAGUUCCAGUCCCGAUCGCAAAAGUUAAUCUCGUCAACGGAACCGGAUCCGGAUCCGGAUCGUAUCGCUCGAGUAGUCCACACAGUGGGCAGUGAAGCAAAGGAAAGGGAACCGGCAACCGGCGGGAAUUCUCUGUCUCGAGUGUCCGCGCCCGAUAAGCGUAAUCUGCGCACUUCCGUGUGGGACGUCGGUUUGUUUACAACGCGCCCCUUAUCGCCCCUUAGUCUCGCCAGUGUCCUUUCGUCCGAGUGUGCGUGCUUUUCGCAUUGUGUGGCGAGAGGAAGAAUCAAUCUCCGCCGCCGCGGUUUGCUUUCAGUUGCCCCACAACAACCGCCGGCGAUGGCGCUCGAUCUGGUGACGGUGGCGGCGCUGCUCGCCAUCGUGGCGCUAGUGUAUCAUUACGUGCGCCGGAGACACGCGUACUUUAACGACAAACCGUACCCGCACCUGAAGCCCACCUUCCUGCUCGGCAGUUCCGCGCCGAUGCUCUUCCGGACGCGCAACAUGAUCGAGCACAUCCAAGCGCUGUACAACACGUUUCCGGAUGCGAAGCUGAUGGGUGCGUUCGAUAUGAUGACCCCGAAUCUGCUGGUGCGCGAUCUCGAGUGCGUGAAGCAGAUCGGCGUGAAGGACUUUGACCAUUUCAGCGACCACACGCCACUGCUGAAGGACGAGCGAGACUAUGCGCGGUCCGAGAUGAUGUUCCUGAACUCGCUGUUCAUGAUGCGCGGCCAGAAGUGGCGGGAUAUGCGGGCCACGCUCAGCCCGGCGUUCACCGGGGCCAAGAUGCGCCAGAUGUUCGCGCUCGUGUCCCAGGCCGGCCAGGGUAUGGUGGAGCACUUUGUGAAGGAAACGGGCCAACCCGGCGCCAGCCAGGAGUACGAGAUGAAGGAUAUUUUUUCGCGCUUCGCCAACGACGUGAUCGCAACGGUCGCGUUUGGGAUCGAGGUGAACUCAUUCACCGACCCGGAGAACAUGUUCUACGUGAGCGGCAAGAAGCUGCUCGAUUUUACCAACUUCUGGGCCGGGCUCAAGUUUCUGCUGUUCAUGACGGCACCGAAGCUGGCGAUGAAGCUGAAGAUCGAGAUGAUGGACGUGCGGAUGAGCCGGUACUUUAGCGCCAUGAUCCUGGACAAUAUGCGGGUGCGCGACGAGCAGGGCAUCGUGCGGAACGACAUGAUCCAGAUGCUGAUGCAGGUGAAGAAGGGAGCGCUACGCCACGGCGCCGACGAGCCGGAAGCGACGAAGGGUGAUGAUGCGGGGUUCGCGACCGUCGAGGAGUCGAGCGUGGGCAAGAGCGUUAGCACGCGCCACUGGACGGACAAGGAGCUGGUGGCCCAGUGUUUCCUGUUCUUCCUCGCCGGCUUCGAUACGGUAUCGACGACGCUCGGGUUCACGUGCUACGAGCUGAUGGUGAACCCGGACGUGCAGGAGCGCCUCUACCGGGAGAUUCUCGAGACGGAAGCGGCACUCGGCGGGCGGCCGCUCACGUACGAUGCGGUGCAGUCGAUGCGUUACAUGGACAUGGUGGUCUCGGAGUCGCUCCGUAUCUGGCCACCGGCACCGGCGGUCGAGCGGUACUGUACCCGGGACUACACAUUCGACGACGGCGCUGGGUUGCGCUUCCCGAUCGAGGCGGGACGUACCAUCUUCAUACCGGUCGCUGGCCUGCACUUUGAUCCGCGGUACUUCCCCAACCCGACCCGCUUCGAUCCGGAGCGGUUCAGCGAGGAGAACCGCGGUGACAUUGUGCCCGGGUCGUACCUGCCGUUCGGGAUUGGGCCGCGGAAUUGUAUCGGCUCGCGGUUCGCGUUGAUGGAGGUGAAAUCGAUUCUCUACCACAUGCUGAAGAGCUUCUCGUUCGAGCGCUGCGCCCGUUCGCAGGUGCCGCUGAAGCUGAAAAAUCAUCCGGCCAUGCUAGCGACCGAGAAGGGCAAUUGGAUCCACUUGAAACCGAGGGCCCAGCCGAAUGCCGAGUAGUGCGGGCUAGUGUAGUAGUGACCGACCGGAGUUGAACAAAUAAAGCGAUAAUAAAUGUCAAUGCCUCUUUUGUGGUCCCGAAAAUCGAAUUCCAUAUCCACGAGGAUGAAUCAAUCGAAGCGGAAAAGAACGAUGCGCGAUAAGAUAUGCGAUAAGACGCGCCGUCGACAGCAUGGCGUCUGGGCGAAGCUGAACCGAACCGAACCGGACAACAGAUCACUGGGUA